CCACCCACCCCACCCCACGUCCCCUCGCUCGCUCUCCCACCCCUCCCUACAGCGCCGGUGGGGGGCCUCCACGGUUGCCGGCGACCCGAAGCUGCCGCUGCCGCCGCCACCGGCGGCUGUCGUCGCCGACUCGCCCUCGCCGCCGCACCACACUGUCCACACUGGCACUGGCCAAAUUUUGGUGGAGGCGAUUUUCGUUGCAGCUGUUUCCGCUGGUGGUGGGAGUAAAGAAUGAUCAAUUUGUUUGAUUUGAGCGCUGGAGCCAGCGCCAGGGUUGCUACAAGAGAUGGUUCUCCGGUCAGAGGAACUCAGUCGGACAGGAAGGAGUAUGCUGAUUUCAAGACAGUGACCGGCAGCAUGAGGAGGAGCUCGUCUGAUAGAUCUUGUGCUACGCCCAUGAAAAUGCUGAUAGCGCAGGAGAUGGCAGAGGGGGACUCGAACCAGAAGACCACUAAUGUUGUGGCAAGGCUGAUGGGACUUGAUGAAGCUGUGGCCCUUCCCAAGCCUGUUCAAUCUUCCAGCAGGAGGAGAUUUCCGGAAGGUCAUUUAUCAACUACCUUGGCAAGAGUUAACAACCAACUGUCAUUCGACAAGCGCACAAGCUUUGUUGAAAGUGUGGAAUAUAAGGAUGUCUACGAAGUUGGAUACCAGCCACAAAGGAGUGAGCAUUUGAGCAAUGAUUCUUCACGGAGAGGGAGACCGCAUGAAGAUCAUGACCAGAAAAGAAUGGAUCUUGUCCGGCAGAAGUUCGUCGAAGCAAAGCAGCUAGCAUCACAUGAGAAUCUUCUCCAAUCAAAGGAAUUCCAUGAUGCUCUCGAGAUUUUGAAUUCAAAUAAGGAUUUGUUUCUCAGAUUUCUUGAAGAACCUAACUCACUGUUUGCGAAGCAAUCUGAUGAAUUUCAUUCUGCACCAACAUCACCCCAGAGGAAGCGGAUAACUGUGUUGAAACCUGCCAAAUCAGUGGAGAUGCAGAGUGAAAAAGCAAUUAGAAGGCAGCAAAACCAUGCAGUUAAUGGGAGCAGAACAGAUAAAAGCAAGCUUCAUAGGAAGUCUACUGCAAGUCAUUACAAAGCAGAAAGGCUUCCACAGCACACCCGGAUAGUGGUCUUGAAACCUAACUCAGCAAUUACCUCAGUGCAGAAGUUUCAAGAAACUGGUCAUGAUAACCCUGAUGAUUCUGAAGCUCCUAAUGUAUCAAGGCAUUUGAGCGAUGAGAUAGACUGGUCGGUACAUGGCAUGUGCCAUCAGCAUGAUGAAUGUUUGCAGGGCAGCAUACCGUCAAACAAGGUGAGCCGAGAUAGAUCAUACUCUGGCCGUGCUGAAGAAGAGUGCAGUAGCUUCAGUGGUUCAGAUAUUGGAAGUCCAACAUCACGCCAUUCUUGGGAUUACAUAUAUCGGUUCAGCAAUCCUUACUUCAGCUCAUCUUUAAGCCACGCUUCUUGUUCUCCUGAGUCUCAUGUAGCUAGGGAGGGUAAGAAACAUGCCUCUGAUAGGUGGCCAAGUUCAUCUUCUAAUGAGAUUAGCCGAGAAAGGGUGCUAGUGCGAAGGAGCUUGAGCACACUUGGAGAAAUGCUUGCCAUGUCUGAUGUGAAGAAAGAAGAGGUUGCUGAUCAAGUGGUGACUAAUUCCAGCAAACCGUUGUGUGGCAAUGAACCAAGACUCGCUGUGCCAUCAAAUUGUUCUAUUGAUGGUGGACAAGGAGAAAUGUCCAUCAAGAAAAUUUCAAGGUCUAAAUCUGUUCCAGUCUCUUCAUCAGCCUUCGACAGCCUGCGUUUUGAUGCUAGAUCUUCAGAUCCUCAACAUAAAGAGCACACAACGCCAAAGGAGGAGGCCAAGCCUAAGAAUGGGAAGUCAUCUCUCAAGGGAAAGAUUUCGAGCUUCUUCUCAUUGCGUAAGAAAGCUGGUAAAGAGAAGCUUACCUCAUCUCUCCGCAGAGUUCUUUCGGCCAGUAAUGUAGCAGUUGAUAGCUCGGAUGUAUCACAUCCAGCUUGUGCAAGCUUACAAGAGAAUGUUUCUUCAGAAAAUUUAGAAGCUAAGUUUGAUUAUGCAACGACAGUAGUUCGGACCAAUGAGCCAGAGGCGCCUUCUUCUUCUAAGGCUCCAAUUUCUCUCUGGAAAGCACUCUCAUUUGAGAUUCGAAAUUCCCACUUGAAUCAACCCAGUCCUACAUCAGUUCUUGAUGCAUCAUUCGAGGAUACUAAUGAAAAGUCCCCUGGUUCAUCAGAAAGCGCAAUCACCGCUAAACAAGAACCUUUAUCAAGAUGUCUUCCCAUUGGAUCAGUUGCGCGGACUUUAUCAUUUGACGACUCUUCUGAAGAGGCCGUGCCAUGUUCUAGCAAAGAAGAUUGCCAUGAGCAAGAACAGUAUGAGUUCGUCGAGAAGAUCCUAUUUUCCGCUGGUUUCUGUAACAAGCAGACCAACGAUAUCUUCGUCCAGUGGCAUUCACUCGACUGCCCUCUAGGUCCAGAUGUGGUCGACCAAUUCCUGGAACGCAAAGUGGAGGAUGAGAGGCGGUCAAACCAGAGACUCCUCAUCGAUUCCGUCAAUGCCGCCCUGCUUGACAUUGGCCAGAGCAGACUCUGGUGUGCAUACCCUUGCACCUGGCCAAUUGUUAACGCACGUCGAGUUGCCUCUCGUGACGAUGAGCUGGUAGCCGAUGAGGCAUGGAAGCUAGUGAAAGGUUGGCUCUUGGAUGACGAGGCACAUAUGGUCAAUGGGCUAGACAAUGUGGGCGUGGCAGCAGAUUGGGUUGUCGGCAGGGAGAUCGAAGGAAGAGGGUGGCCCAAAACGCUUCGAUUGGAGGUGGAUGAAAUCAGCAAGGAGAUAUGUGGGGAGGUUCUGAGCGAGUUGGUUGAGGAGGCAUUUUCAGAAUUUGCCGGGUGCCAUUGAUGCUAGCUGCUGCUUUCAAUUUCCCUGCCCUGUGGUGUCCACCUGUGGUGGCUUUUUAUUUCCAAUCUGGUGGAGACCGUUGCUAAAGAGGCUCGGUUCUUGACUUGUCGUGUGUGUAUACUGUCCUCUUACUCAUAUCCUGCUCUGUACGCUCAAGUCAAGUGUCCCCACACACCUCCUCCCUGUAAGCAUUGCAAUUGAUACAUUCUACAGUGAUAAUAAUAAUGUUUAUGAAUACAGCUGCAUUUCAGAAAA